AUGGCCGCCCAGUCGACUCUCCGUCACCCGGAGGAUCCCCUCCUUGUGCUCUAUCGACGAUAUACAAAUUUGAUUCGGUCUCGACUCACGCGCACAACACGUACGACACGUCUCGUCGCCACGGUCGCCCUCCUCUUAUCGAUUAUCGGCUCGGGUUAUGGAGGAUACAAGUGGUUCCGGGAGCGCGCCAGGGAGCGCGCCCAGGGUCGCCGUCUACUGCGGCGAAAUUCCGGCAUCCGGGGUAAGGAUGGAUCUCGUACUAUCUAUGUGCCCUACAAGGGCUCAUUGACCUCCAAAGUCUUGAUCCAUCCGACCAAGCCGACCACGUUUGAUGCCCAUCGCCGACUGUUUCUAAACCCGCCAGUCUCGGCUCGCAGCAGAGAGGAUGGCUCGGCGAGCCAAAUUCCCCCGCCGACAACCAAGCCGGGCUUGAACCUAGCCUUUCUCCAUCAAUUUCUGAGCCUCGGCAGUAUCAUGGUUCCGCGCUGGGGGAGCAAGGAGACGGGUCUCCUGAUGAGCCACGGCGUGUUCCUACUGUUGCGAACGUACCUCUCCUUGCUCAUUGCCCGGCUGGAUGGGGAGAUCGUCAGAGACCUGGUCGCUGGCAAAGGCAAGGCGUUCCUGUGGGGCAUCGUCAAAUGGUGUGGUAUCGGAACCCUAGCAUCCUAUACCAAUGCCAUGAUCAAGUUCCUCCAGUCCAAGGUCUCAAUCGCCUUCCGGACCCGCUUGACGCGGUAUAUCCAUGAUCUCUACUUGACUGAUCAGAAUAAUUAUUACAAGUUGAUGAAUUUGGAUGGGGGAAUUGGCCAGGGUCCUGAUCAGUUCAUCACUCAGGAUCUCACCCUUUUCUGUUCCGCCGCAGCUGCUUUGUACUCCUCGAUGGGUAAGCCGAUGGUGGAUCUAUUUGUCUUUAACUACCAACUUUAUCGCUCGCUUGGUCCUAUCGCCUUGAGCGGAAUUCUUGCCGGUUAUUUCAGCACAGCGGUGGUGCUCCGAAAGCUAUCCCCGCCAUUUGGAAAACUCAAGGCAGUUGAGGGCAAGAAAGAGGGCGACUUCCGAGGCCUGCAUUCUAGGCUGCUUGCGAAUGCGGAAGAAAUAUCCUUCUAUGGGGGAGCUGAUAUCGAACGCAUCUUUCUCGUCCGAAGCUUCAAGGACUUGCAGCGAUGGAUGGAGGGUAUUUACAGCCUCAAGAUCCGCUACAACAUGCUCGAGGAUAUGAUUCUGAAGUAUUCGUGGUCGGCCUUCGGCUACCUGGUGACCUCUUUGCCCGUCUUCCUUCCCGCCUGGGGCGGCUUGGGCGGUGCGAUGGAGCUGGCUGAUACACCGGAGGGCACAACGCGCGAACGGGGCCGUAUGAAGGAGUUUAUCACCAACAAGCGUCUGAUGCUGUCCUUGGCCGAUGCUGGUGGCCGCAUGAUGUACAGCAUCAAAGACAUCUCGGAGUUGGCGGGCUACACUUCACGAGUCUACUCCCUCAUCUCAACCCUUCAUCGUGUCCACGCUGAUGCGUACUACCCAUCACGGGGCUCGCAUCCUGAGCUGUACUCUCUAGCCGACGCCCAGGGCACCUAUCACAAAGGCUUUGAUGGUGUGCGCUUGGAGCAGGUUCCUAUCGUUGCGCCGUCGCUGUACCCAAUGGGUGGGGAUGAAUUGGUUGAGUCACUAUCUUUCAUUGUGCACUCCGGCGACCAUCUGCUCAUCUCAGGGCCCAAUGGUGUCGGCAAGUCUGCAAUCUCCCGUAUUGUCGCUGGCCUGUGGCCUGUCUAUCGUGGUCUCGUCAGCCGUCCUCGUGGAUUUGGUCUGGAUGGCAUCAUGUUUCUCCCGCAGCGACCAUACCUCAGCGUUGGUACUCUCCGUGACCAGGUGAUCUAUCCCCAUACCGAAAUCGAUAUGCGGGAUGCUGGGGAAACAGAUGCAAAUCUACAAAAGAUCCUCGACGCUGCCCAUCUGGGCUAUCUUCCCCAGCGGGAGGGCGGAUGGGAUACUCGCAAGGAGUGGAAGGACGUCUUGAGUGGCGGAGAGAAGCAGCGUGUCGCAAUGGCGCGGCUUUUCUACCAUGAGCCUCGCUACGCCUUUAUUGACGAAGGUACUUCGGCGGUCUCCUCAGAUGUAGAGGGCCUUCUAUACGAGCAAGCCAAGGAACGUGGUAUCACACUCAUUACGAUUUCCACCCGGGCCUCUCUGAAGAAGUACCAUACCUAUAACAUGACCCUUGGUCUUGGUGAAGCUGGUGAGCAGUGGGAGUUUGAGAGAAUUGGCACUGAGAAGGAGAAACUUGGUGUUGAGAAAGAGCUACAAGAGCUGCGCAAGCGACUUGACAAGGUCGAAGAGUGGAAGCAGCGUCGGGAAGAAAUCGAGGCCGAAUUACGAAAGGUCUGGACUCAUGAGGGAGAAAUUGAUCCCCCACCGUAUCAAGAGGAAGAACAAGAAAAGGGGAAGGACAUGGCUACUUCUACUUCUGCUUCUGAGGUUGUGGUUAAAACUCCCGCUGAAAUGACUGCCAAUUGA